UUGUUUCACCCGAACUUAAUUAAUGAUCAUUUCCUUCUUCUGAUCUUUUGGCUUUAAUCGUUUUGUUAAUUUCCAGUCUAUCAUUUUCGGUGAUCAUCAUGGAUCCAGCAGAACUUCGGCGUAUUUUUCAAAUGUUCGAUCGCAACGGUGAUGGCCGGAUCACGAGGAAGGAGCUUAGCGACUCGUUACAAAAUCUCGGCAUCUUCAUCCCAGAUAAAGACAUGAUCCAGAUGAUUGAAAAGAUCGACGUGAACGGCGACGGAUACGUGGAUAUCGAUGAGUUCGGAGCAUUGUAUGAAACGAUAAUGAAUGAGAGGGAUGAAGAGGAGGACAUCAAGGAGGCAUUCAAUGUGUUCGAUCAGAACGGAGAUGGGUUCAUCACCGUGGAGGAGUUGAGGUCGGUGUUGGCUUCUUUGGGGCUCAAGCAAGGGAGGACCCUAGAAGAAUGCAAGAGGAUGAUCAAGAAGGUGGACAUGGAUGGGGAUGGGAUGGUCAACUUCAACGAGUUUAAGCAGAUGAUGAAAGGUGGUGGAUUUGCUGCCCUGAGCUCAAGUUCAUAGACCAUGCAUGUGU